AUGAAACCAAAUAUUUAUUUCUCAACUCUACUUUAUAUAUUUAUUCUUCUCAUAAGUUCUUCAUAUCAAACAGAAGUAUAUUAUACCAAGACAGAUGCCAUUCUAACCGAUCCCAAUUUCGAUUAUCAUAUAAUUGAUAAUGUGGAGAUAACCUCUACAGUCAUAAAUCCAACAGAUUAUGAAGUUUUGAAUAAUACUGCAUUCAGAAUUUCAAUAACCCCUGACAAUCUAAAAAGAAUGGGAGAAUUAAUUACUUUAUCCUCUAAGAAUAGUGUAAAACAACAAUUUAAAUGGUUACCAUUUAUUGUAUCAUCGAUCAAGUUUAACGACUCAUCUUCAAUUUAUAAUAUAAAUUCAAUAAUAACAGUUAGUAAAAAUGCGUUUCCUAGUUUUUUAUGGAGUGUUAAAGAUCCGACUAUUUCCUCAGUAACUUUGAAUAAUAGAUUAAUCAUUAAUGGUAGUAGCUUUGGUCCAAAUAAAGAUUGGAUCAGAUGUAAUGUUGCUGGAUAUAAUACACCUUCUGUUCUUUCAAUUGUUGAGUUUACCAAACAUACUGGUGUAAUUUUAGAUAUUUCUUCAUUGGCAAAUGAAUUCAAAUUUGCUGGAUUGAAACUAUUAACAUUGACUGUCAAUGAUCCAUUUAGUAAUAUUUCUAGAUCUACAACAUAUAACAUCCCAAUUGUACCAAUAAUUAGAAAAACAACAUCAACAUCAAGUGUUCUUGGUGGACCUGUUACAAUUUCAGGUGAUUUAUUCAAUUCAGUUAAUUCUUUUGGUUCUAAAACAAUCAAAACUAUUCAAAUUGGAUCACAAUCAUGUUUGAAUCCUGUUGAUCUAUUCGCCAAUAGUGGCUCAUUCAUUUGUCAACUUGGACCAAUUUCAAAGAUGUCAAACACUGAACAAUUCACAAAUAUUCCAAUUUUAGUUACAAUUGAUGGAGCAACAUCAAUCAAUUCAAAUAUAUUAUUUAAUUAUGAUGUUCCAUCAAUUUCAAAUAUCUAUCAAAAUGGAAGUAAAAUAUAUUUUGAAGGUGAACUCUUGGGAUAUUCAUCUCAAAUUUCAAAAACAUUGAUCUUUGUUUCCAACACUACAAUGAUAAACAAUUCAUUUGUACCUUCACAAAUCGAUAUUGUACCACCUGAAACCAACACAUCAUCAGUUAAAAGAGAAUGGAUUGUUCAAUUUUUAAUUCCAAAUAGUUUCAAAUCAGGAUUAUACAAUUUUUUCAUCAGCAAUCAUAACAAUCAAUUGAUAUCCAACACUAACCAACUUGAAAUUAAACCAGAUAUCGGAGAAAUAUCUACACCACAAACCAAAGGUGAUACUCUUACUAUUCUUGGUGCUCUAUUUGGAAAUCCAAUAUCAAUUAAAUUCACAAACAGACCAGAUAUCAAAAAUACAUCGAAUCCAAUAUUGAUUGAUUCAACAACUAUUAUUGUGAAUAUCUCUGCUGGAUCUGGUCAGAAUAUCGAUUUACAAUUGAAUGUUAAUGGUGUUAUUACUUCUAAAUCAUUCAGAUAUCAUGAACCUACAAUAUCAAGUAUAACACCAAUUACAACACUUGGAGGUGUAAUAACGAUUACUGGAUCCAAUUAUGAUGUUAAUACUACAUCUGUAAUUAUAUGUAAUACAAUACCAUGUAGUAAUACCAAUAUUGUAAACGAUACAACAAUAUAUUGCACUGUAAAAUUGAAUGAUGCGGAUACUCUGAAUUCUGGAGAGAAUCUAAAUGUUACUGUUAGUGUCAAUACUCAGAUUGUAAUUAGUUCAACAUUAAACAUUACAUCCAUCACUGGAGGAAGAUCAUCUAAUGCACUUCUGAUUGCACUACCAAUAGGUAUUAUCACCGUCCUAUUUGUUGUAGUUACAACCACUGUCCUCACAGUAUCAUAUAUUAGAAAAGAAAGACGUAGAAGAGCAGUAAUGAAGUUCAUUAAUUCAUAA